CAAUUUUUCCCGUUAUACCUUUUACGUGUUUCGUGAGAAAAUAACGUUACUCGUUAUCAUUUUACCGACUCGACGUUUGUUUUUUUUUUUCACGUUGCUUUUUUUUUUCAGCUCGCCAAUUCUACUACCUCGGUCAAGAAAAAAAACAGAUUUAUCGCAGGAGCUUCCAAAACAAAGAAAAAAAUCUGCUACAGAGCGAGAGAGAUGUUACAUCUACCAGUUACUUUGCUAAGUCUAUUAUUAAUCGGUCACGGAUUUUGUGUCGAAGAGGAUAAUUUAAGAAACGCUUUAAAUUCUAUUGCGAACCGCCAACGACAAUUGGCCGCCGCUAGCAAUUAUUACGUUGUACCGAAUAAAGAAGCGGACAAGGAGGUGCCGUUCGAAGAUGAAUUAAUGUAUUUAGAUUCGCCGCCGAGAGAGUAUGAUAUCUCGAAUCGCGAGCCAAUCGGCUAUCCUUACACAUCACGACCGCCUUCGAAGCCUCACCGAUACUACGAAGAAGACCGCACACCCGACUUAGACACCGAAGAAUACCAAAAAGAACUCAAAGAAAGACUCCUCGAACGUCUAAUGUUAGACAUCCUCGAAACAGACGAAGACUCGCAACCACCUCCACCACCAUCAUCAUCAUCAUCAUCAUCGCGUUCCAGACCACAGAAAAAGUCAUUUUUUCGCGAACGCGAAUUCUCCGAAAUACCAGAAAACCUGCAAAACCUGUACGCCAACGGGGACCAAGAAGAAAGCUUAUUUUUACCUCCAUCGCCCUUUCGCGAACGCGCCAAAACCAAACCAAGAUCGCACACCAGACUAGUUAAAUCAUACGAGGCUGACGACUCGGAUGAAGCUGAAGACUACCUGCAAGCUUUCAACUCAUUGCUGGAGAAAUACCGAGACUCGACGGGACAGGACUUCGAUCCCGAGAGUAUAACUAACGAAGACGUAGAAGGAUUCCUGAAAUUCUUAAACGAUAAAGAUCCCAGUGGGUAUUACGAAUACGUGUUGCCCGAUCAAGAAUUUCCCAUUAAAACCAUCUCUAGUAGUAGGGAUGAACCAAAAAGAUCCUCCAGAGGUAAAAGGUACUGGUUAGGAAGCAAUACACCAGAUAGAAAUAACGAAAGAUUCCUUAUACAGAAAAGAUCAGCCGUAGAAGAUAAACCAUCUCCUCCAUCGAGCACUGAUAAAAUCAACUCGACGAUUAAACCAGCACAAGUUACCAAAUCACCCUCAUCUAAUAAAACCAAAUCAUCGCCCAAAAAAGCAGACAGUGGCAAACCAGAUAAAUACAGACCAGUCAAAGAAGUCUUACCAAAAGGUCAAAAAGAAUUACCAGUCGAUCUAAAGUCCCAAAAACCUUUAAACAUCAAGAAAAAAUCAGUCGACUGGUCCAACUACUUCGGAGUAGAUAAACGAUCGCAAAAGAGAUCCGAGCUACAAAAAGACCAACGUAAAAAUGACGUACUGCUCGAUCAAUAUAUUCAAAAUUAUAUCCUGCAAAGUGUUCGAAAUUCAGCUUUUAACAAUCGAGGCUCCGAAUAUCGAUAUUUUCCCAAACGAAAUGUAAAACAUGGCGCAGGCCACGAGCAGCUCGAGACCGACGAAGAUUUACGUACAGCCGAAGAUUUAAUAAUUGAUAACGUGCUUAAAUACACCGGAGCCCACGAAGGUAUCACAGAUCCUAGAGAAAUUCAACGAUUCAGAGAGAACGUUAUAAAUGAGCUAGCAGCUGCGUAUAAUUUAGAAAAAUUGCGAAAGGAAUUAUUCGACGAUACCAGAAGGAAAAAGUUCACAGUCGAUGAUAUGGCACAACAUCACCACUCCAAUAAUAAACGAGUAGCCACAAAAAAAGAUAGCGCCGAAUCAUCGUUAGGUUUGGAUGGCCAGAAAAUCAAACAUAACGCGACCUUUUUCAAUCACGAACACGUUUCUAAACCGUCCACUCACGAUUACAGCAAACGACGAUAUGAAGUAGAGCCAUUUCCUGGUAACCAAUGUCCCGCUAUUAGUCGCCUCAUCGAAACGUGCCAACAAAUUAGUAGAACUGCUAAAGAUACCGAUGGUACUUUUACACCUUUGUGCACUAUUCAUCAAAUAUGCAACGUUUGUGGUUCAAAAGAAGAAUCUCAAUAUUGUGAUAUCGAUUACACAAAUAACGUAAAUUCCAUCUGCGGCGAUGAACCAUCGUGUCAAUAUUCAGCACGAGGUGUUUUAAUUGCUCUGCAGGAUGCGAAUAAUAACGUAGAUGCUUGCCACCCUUGCAUCGCCAAUGUUUUGCAAUACCUAUAUAAGUGAAUACCUAAUUUAACGACUUUGUUUUUUUUUCUGUUUUUGUCCUCCUUAACCCCUUUUUAUUUUAGUUGAAUUAGCAACAGUGUGACGAAUUUUUUUCCUUGAGUAAGUUUUAUUUACCAUGAUCUCAAGUAUAAGUUUUUGAUUUAAAAUCUACCUAUCUUUAUGAUGAAACCAUUUGCUUUUUGUGUAUUAUAUGAAAUAAUAAAAAGAAACUUACCCAUUGUA